GUGCUGUGUGAGAAUUCAUCCUCGCAGUUGCAACUCUUAUGCAAUAUUCUCGCAUCGUCUACAAUACAUACUUUCAAAAUGAUAAGGUCAAGCAUAGCAUACUUUUUAUUUUUCACAAGUAUUGUGUUAACUAACGCGGAUAACUUGUGCCAACGACAGCCUGGCGAUGAACUGUUACUUUCUCAAACUUUGCUUCAGAUUGGCAUAUUAGAGGAUCAUACUGUUCAGCAAAAGUUCGAAGGAUACCAGAUCACAUGCGUCAAAUCUAAUCUUCCUCUUGGAUUUUUAAUUAAUUUAAGCAUUUCGAAUGGUGGUAUCGGCUGCGACUCUGUUAGCCUUAAAGUCAAGAUCGGAAAACUUGUAACGAUCGCUGUCGGCGUAGAUAUCUAUGGGGUGAAAGUUAUGCCUGGUCAAAACGGCAAACUAACUUGUAAUCAAAAACCAAAUUUGUUGUAGAGUAAUCAAAUAUAUAAGGGCAAAAUAAUAAAUGUAGCACGCAUAUUUGUUCUUGUGAAAAA